AUGGCUUCCAUCGUACCAGCCAUGAAGAGGCAACUCUAUCGAAACGUGGCUCAGACCGCCCGGGCUACUUCGAGGCAGUUUGCAACGACUACACGACUGCUACGACAAGGUCCCGGAACCGGCGAGAACUUCGAACAAGCCAACGACCCUGCUGCCCGAAAAGUGACUCCCAAUGUAUCCAAGACAAAUGAGCUGCCGGUUGAGGCAAGGGGUAACCGCGAUGCACCCCUUCAAGAGAUGGUGUCAGAAGGAGAGAAAGCCAGAAUAAUGCAGGCUCCGAACAGGGAAAAGCCGUGGUCGAGGAGUCAAAUGCCCCGAGAGCUGGCAAUGACGGGCCCGCGAUUUGAACAGACGAUCAUGGAAACUCAGCCCCGGCCCUUCGCUGCGAUCGAGCUCAUUCACAAACAACCCGUCCGUUGGGUCAAGGACAAGAGCGUGGCCUGCGACGGCGGCGGUGGUCCCUUGGGUCAUCCGCGAAUCUUUAUCAAUUUGGACAAACCCCAGGUUUGCUGGUGCACAUACUGUGGUCUACCAUAUGCCAAGGAAGAACACAAGAAAUAUCUCGAAUCAUUACCCUCGACGUCAUAUCCUCUUGCCCCAACGGGCGAUCCGGCACAAGUCCAGAUGCCAGCCACACCCAGUCAAAAGGGCGAGAUUCAAGGUCAUUACCCACUAUUGAAGGGCGAGCAUGAGGCAGAGAGUGUAGGCAAAGAGUCAUUCGAGCAGAGAUGA